CUUUGUUUUGAAUUUGGGGCCGAAGAUUGUGUGGAAUAAUCUUCUGAUUAUGUAUAGCCUGCGCCUUCUGAGGAAACUGCGCCGAGUGCCUCCUAUCAAUGGCUUCCGGGAAUUUGCUAGCCAGCACAAGCGUCGUCCCCAGCUGGGUGCCCUGUCCCCAGAUCGCCUGGAGGAAUUGAGAACGAGUUUCGUUGAGGGCCGGCAGGAGCUCAGUGCCUCCGACUGGCAGGAGGUGAGGCAAUCGCUGCUUAAAACCUACAAGCACAUCGGCGAGCACAACGUGGACGUCGUCAUCCUGGGUGUGUGUAGUGGCCCGGGUCAACUCUCUCUGGCCAAGAACUACGUUGAGUUCCUGCGAAGUCAGGGGACACAACCGAACGCUGCUUCCCUGGGCCGUCUUCUAAGGGUCUACAAUGCCGCAUACCAUGAAAGACUACUAAGCGAUGUGGAGCAGGACGAGGUUUUAAAGAUAUGCGAUUCCCUGCAGAAGAAUCACGAAACUUUGGACGCGACCAGCUGCGAGAACAUAAUCCAUGGUCUGGUUACCACCAAGGAUCACUGGAGACGGGCGGCGCCUCUUCUGGAGAUGAUGAAGGUAACCAGUUCGCCCAGCAUAGCUGCCUAUAGCGCAAUAUCCGAAAAAGCAUUCUCGGAAGAAGACCUGGACAAACAGGAGGAUCCUCUUUCUUGGCGGCUUUUAGAGGAAAUGGCGCAGGAGAAAAAGCCCCCAAAAUGCGAGGUUUAUCUUGCUUUAAUAAACCGCCUAGCAAAGGAACCGGCUUUGGUUGCAGCACAGCUGAAUCGUCUGUUGAACUUCCUCGAGCGCCACGAGAUUCUUGUGAGCAGGCGCGUAGCUGAUAGGUUACUGGAGCUUGGCCAACAACUGCCUCAGUCCCUUCAAGUGUCAGCCACUCGCCUGGUACCACCUGGAAAGUGCGAGUCUUGCCAGCAGCACUUUCAGCCGGUGGCCAUCAGCGAUGAGCAGUUCCGCAUGUUAAGCGAGAGUUUUCUAGAGCGCGUGCUCAUCCGCAGCGACGUCUUCCAGCGUUCUACGCCCAUGGAGGUGGCUAGAUUCAAAAAGUACGUGGACCGAACCGCCCCUUACGACUGCGUAAUCGAUGGCCUUAAUGUUGCCUACUCCACGGGCACCAAGAAGUCGCCCCAGCAGCUGGCGAAGCUGGUUGCUACUGUGGUCAGCCACUUUCGGGAGCAGAACAAGCGUGUCCUCGUCCUAGGACGGGAGCACAUGCGCAAUUGGUGCAAGCAGUCGAUGCACUACGUCCAAAAAAAUGCUAGUCUCUUUUUGACCAACAAUUUGUCCCAUGAUGAUCCCUUCCUGCUCUACGCCACUCUUAAAAGCGGCGCGGAUACAGACUUCUUCUCCAGGGAUUUGAUGAGGAGUCAUGCCUUCCACCUGGGCCCCGAGAUGAAGCCCAUUUUCAGACGGUGGCAGCAACAGCAUCAGUUCUCACUGGUCACCCAGACCAAAACGGGCAAGCUCAUAGUCAAGGAACCUAUACGCCACCGAUUGGAAGCACAUCAAGUCUCCGACACCUGGCAUGUCCCCUUUUGCGAGGUUUACACCCCGCAUCCCCCGGAAAGCUUUGAAGUGCCCACAAACUGGCUGUGUCUGAAGUUGAAUGGACCAACCAAUGAAGAGAAGUCAACGAAAGAGACGCAGUAGCUUUCCAAACAAAUUAUAGUUUAUUUCUACUCGAACUUAGUACCAAAGAGUUACAAAUAAAUCGGAGAACCGCCAGGGAGCUGCCCUAGGGAA